GCGAGCGCACGAGUCUCUCUUUGGUGGAAGAUCGCGAAGAAGCGCCAUCGUCCAGCUUUCAUUCAGCGUCAUGGAGGAGUCGAGUAGCUGACGUUUCCUUCAACCUUCUCUUUUCCCGCUUCCCUUCGUACGGUCAUCGAUCCGUCAUCGGCGUUUUUAACGACUUUUCGCACUUUGACGCGCGUCUGACUCAGUUUGAGGAUGAAGUUCAUCAUCGGGAUCGGAGGGGUCACGAACGGCGGUAAAACAACACUGACCGACCGUCUGAUCAAGAACCUGCCCAACUGCUGCGUGGUCCAUCAAGACGACUUCUUCAAGCCUCAAGAUGAGAUUGAAGUUGAUGAAGAUGGCUUUAAGCAGUACGAUGUCAUCAGCGCUCUGGACAUGGAUGCCAUGAUGAGCACCAUCCAAGCCUGGCAGCAGAACCCCGUCAAGUUCGAGCGAUCCCAUGGCGUCAACAACUCUCUGGACUCGGAGAUCCUUCCACGCGAUCGGGACGAAGACGAAGGCGUUCACAUCCUGAUCGUGGAGGGGUUUCUGCUCUACACCUACGGACCUUUGAUCGAUGUGUUGAACCAACGAUACUUUAUUUCCAUUCCAUACGAAGAGUGCAAAAAGAGGAGGAGUUCAAGGAACUAUUCUGUGCCGGACCCCCCCGGUCUGUUCGACGGACACGUGUGGCCCAUGUAUGUCAAACACACUCAGAUCAUGGAAGACUCGGGGGUUGAUGUCGUGCAACUAGAUGGAACCAUGUCCAAGGAGCAGAUGUACAGCAUUGUGUACGGAAACAUUCUGAACGGCAUCCAGAAGCGUCUGCCCUGAACUAAGAUCUGUUGAUGUGCUUCAGGAGGAAGCAGCUUCACAUCGCCUCCUGUGUUAUACUCCGGCCCGACAGCGUCUGCAUCGCUGUUGUUUUAUAUCCUCAGUAUUUAUUGCUUAUCCAGCUGCGUCUGUAUCAACAUCAGGAUGAUGGAGACUGUUCUAGAAGCACAAGAAAAUAAAAUGAAGCUCCUGCGA